AGCCGGGGUUUGUGAGGAUCUGUGCGGGACCGACGCGCGCUCCGCACCGCUGCGGCUCCAUCCGCAGGGGCCUCUCUCAUCACCCGGACACAAGUUUUCCCUUCGGAUUUUCAUCUUUAUUCGUCUUUUUUUUUUUUUACCUCUACCUUGCUGCUCGGCUGCAAAACCCCAUCUCCCUCUCUUCCUCUUUCUCUCCCUCUUCUCCAAAGCAGCGUUGACGCCAUUUUUUCCCCGGGGUUUUCUGUCAGGAAAAAGCCACCGACAUCUACCGUGGCUCGGGUUGACAGCUCCCCGGGAGGCUGUCAUCCCAUCCGUCGCUUGUGUAAAGUGUGUCUCGGCUAAAUGGAUUGUAAAUGAUCGCGAUCAAAUAUUCACACGUUCGAGCUGACUGGGUGACAACAUCAGACAUGGACAGUCCCUGGCUUCACUCCGUUCCUGUGGGACAACCAGCACAACCCCAGUAGGUGACUGACACCUCCAAGCAGGCCGCCAGACUACUGCAUUCUUUUUUCUUUCUUCUAUUGGCUGGCUGCCAGAGCUUCCCCCAUCCUGAUUGGCUGUGGUGGGAGCGUGGAUGGAGCCAAGGGAUCUGGUUGGCUCAGCCCGACCCAAAGAGGCGGACCUUCAGGGUGGUAGGGCGGGGCCAAACAAGGAGCACCAAGUAGCAGCGGGAGGCGUGGCGUUGGCGCACGGUGACAAUGUGAUAAACGGCGCUGUCAGCGAGGGGGAGGGGCUAGAGGAGCAAGGGGAGGGACUUAUGGAGGAGCAGGAGUUCUCCAUCAAGGAAGCAAGUUUCCAAGAGGGAAGUCUAAAGUUGAAGAUCCAGACCACCAAGCGCACCAAGAAGCCUCCCAAGAGUCUUGAGAACUAUAUUUGCCCGCCAGAGAUCAGGAUGACAAUUAGACCUCCAACCGGAGAAGCCAAAGGCGGGCGACAAGGGCGAACAGGAGGCGGGGCAGGAGCAGGGCGGGGCUCGAAGGACGACGAGCGAGGUCCCCCCAGAAAAAGGACGUACGAGCGUCAGUUCAGAAUGCCGGAGCAGAGAGAAGGAGGCCUUCUACAGCUUCUGGGAGAUCACACUCUGCCCAAACACCAGCUUCGUAGCUCCCUUCCUUCUGCACAUUCUCUCUCGAACACACAGCCAACGCAGCAUAGCCUCACACAGAAAUUCCAACACGUAAAUACACAACAACACCAAAUCAGUCCAGAGUGGAUUUCGUCUACGGCACCUUUUUCGUCCCCGGUUCAUUCAGCAGACUCUGAGCCAGCCGGAGAUUUGCCCGGAGCAGGUAGAAGUUCUGUGCUUGAUCCAGCGCAACUCUAUUCACGAACAGCUACACCAAGUCCCUCACCUCAGAGAUCCAUGACCCCAGACUUACAGUUGCCAGUGGUUACGGAUGCCAGCAUUCUCAACCUCACCUCUCUGAGCAGGGAUAAAGGUUUGCAAGAAGUCAGUGAGCAGCUCUUUGGAAACAUCAAGAGGAAGUAUGGCAGGAAGGAAUCUCAGAAAGUGCUCUGUAAUCCCCAUGGUGCUGAUACACAUUGGGGAAAGCAGCCAGAAGGAGGAUCAGAGAGCCCAGGUAAUUCAGAAGAGAGGCAGAAGUACAGGCAAGAAGACAUAGCUGAGCAGCUCCGCGAUGACAGAGAAGAACGGCGAAAAGAAGAAAGAGCGCAAACAAAUGCUGGAAGGAGAGGAGAUGAAGAGGAGAGAGAAAUGCUCAUUCUGGCAGAGGAUGGAAAAGGAAGGAAGAAGCGGAGGAGACCUUUGUUUGAUGAAUCCUUUCCUUUGGAGGAGCAAAUGCAGCUUCAGACUCUGGAUGCUUCUGAGAAACUCCUCGGUGGACCCCCAGAACCCAAAUUAGCACACAAGACAGAGACUCACAAAAAUGAUACCCGUCUUAAAAGUCAGGCUGAUGUUAGUACAGAACGGAUUGAAAAAGUGGAAAAGGGAGAUAAGAGUGAUAAGAGGGAUAAAGGAGAGUGGGCAGACAAAGCAGAAAGAGGAGAGGCAGUUCCAAGUGGGCCUGACCAGGAGUCAGAUCAGACUGCUAACAGGGUGAAAAAGACUUCUGUGGGUCGCCCGAAGAGUGGCACAGAUAUCCUCAAACUCAGAGAGCCUAUAUACAAUCACAUCAACAAAUCUAAUCUUAACACAAUCUCUAGGGGCAGCAUCAGUCCGGUCCCCAGUCCAAAACCCAGGGCCAACCAUAGCCAAAGCCCAAGCCCUAGAUGCAGAACUGACCUGAGUCCAAGCCCCAGCAACAGCAGUAGUUCUGUAGUCUAUUCCAAACCGAUCAAACUCAAUGACAGAUGGUCCUACCUGAAAACUAAAACCCAUACCAGUCUUACAUCACCUCAGAGGGACAAUCUGUGUAGCCCCUCAACAUUAGCAGAUCCACCCUCUGCUUACCCAAUCACCCCUUCAAGUCCACUCUACACCAACAUUGACAGCCUAACUGUCCACGCUUCUAUUAAGAGGAAACGAGGACGCCCAAAGAAACAGCCACUCCUAACAGUUGAGACCAUUCAUGAGGGCACCUCCACCUCACCUCCAAGCCCACUCACAAAGGACACUUCUGCAGGACUAAACCGCAGGAGAAAGACACAUGCUCUAACAACAUUAGUGCAGAUGGCCACCAUAACGUCUAAUGACAGUUCUAACAGUUUGAAAGUAAAGCGUGGCAGAGGCCAUCCCAGGUCACUGAAUAAGACAAAGCUUGGGAAAAUGCAGAGCAUCUUGAAUGAAAUCCUUUCAGGGUCCAGUCAGAAUGGCUCUCUGGCUCUGAAGUCACCCUCAGCUCCUGUCACCUCAGCCAUGAGUGCCAUGGCGACCACCAUUGAGGCACGGCUGGGAAAACAGAUCAAUGUUAGCAAGAGAGGUACUAUAUACAUUGGAAAGAAGAGGGGGCGGAAGCCCAGAGCAGAAACACAAAGCUCCAUCCUUCUCAAAACUGCUAGGGACAAGACACCAAUGUCUAUAUCCUUGUCCAGUCUUUAUGAUAGUCCUGCAGUGCCUUCAACCACCUCAUCUCCCACUUCAAGUGCUCAAUGUCUAAGAGCCAACAUUGAUGCCACAAUGCCCAGUUUGCAGCCCAUCUCAGCCCUACCUUUAAAACCACCAAGCAGGAGCUUUCUCUCAGGGGGUUGGAAACUUUCUCCUCCUCGCCUUCUGGCUAAUUCCCCCUCUCACCUAUCAGAGGGGGCAUCAGUGAAAGAGGUGACCCUGUCCCCCAUCAGUGAGUCCCACAGUGAGGAGACAAUUCCCAGUGACAGUGGGAUUGGGACAGACAACAACAGCAUGUCAGAUCAAACUGAGAAGGGUCCUGCUUCUCGCCGCAGGUAUUCAUUUGACUUGUGUGGGUUUGAAUCUCCGGAGGCGGCAGCUCUGGAUGCAUCCAGCAGAAACAGCAGAACACGCUGUGAACGGCAAGUUACUGCUGUGGAUAACUACCUGUCACAGCAGGAAAAGAAGCAGAAGCAUCAUCGAAGAAAGAGGAAGUGCUUACAGAGCCAAGAUCACCUUCACUUUUUAUCUGAACUGGAAGAGGUUGUGGUAAAACUCCAGCAAUUACGAGUGUCUCACAGACAAUACACCUGCUACCCCCAGCAUCCGUAUCCUUCCAUUUUCCGACUCAACUUUCAUCAUUAUUACCCGAUUAGCUAUGACACUUACUCCUGUGAUGCGAGCUCUUACCUACGCCGGAGUGCCGAUCUGAAGGCUAAAAGAAGACGUGGCCGGCCAGCCAAAGCCAGCGAGCCAGUCACAUCAAAACUGCCAUUUGUUCAAGGAUACGGUUUUCCGCUGGGAGGGGGAAAUUACUAUGCAGCACCAUACGCAUUGCCUUACGCUCCUCCUCUGAAUCUGGGCUACUUCCCCCCAACUCCCCCAUUUUACCUGCCCCACCACUCACUUGGACCUGCACCUCCAUCUCCUUUUAUGAGGCCUGCUGUCCCUCCUCCUCCCAAGGCUUUCCACUCCAGUGGACUCUCAAAACUGCAGGCGGGGGCUAAGAUUCGCAACACUAGUGGUCCCCUCCAGAGGCCUACUGUAAGAGGAGAGGGGCUAGGAUCCCUGAGCACUGGUGGUGCAGGUGGGCUUGCAGGGGUCCGUCUUCAUAAGAGAAAGCACAAGCAUAAACAUAAGCACAAAGACGAACCCCUUCUUUCUCCACGAGACCGGCAGGCGUUAGGUGGACUUUUCAGUGGAGCUAAGACCAACGUCCGUUUUGGCAUGCUUAGCGACAGGAGAGAUUUGGGCAGUCAGGGUUCUUCAAGGCAUUUGGAGAAGCAGAAGAGCAAUGCUAGAAGCGCUAACCUGGGAUCCAGUCUGGGGAUUUUCCAGUCGGACCAACUGUCUACACACUCUCUAGCUGAGAGUCAGUUUCACUCCCAUCAAGCUGCACAGCCUGUAAAGAGCUUCAUGAGCAGCUACAGCAGCCAGUCACAGCGACCGGAGUCGACCUCUGACCUCUUUUCUGGGUUACAAGAUGACGAGUGUGUUGAGAGGAGCAGAAGGACAAAGCUCACUGUCUUUGGAGAUCAGAGCUUAAUGUCAUUUCAAACGGCCAGGCAGGAACCAGAGCAGAUUCAAAAGUGUUCCAGUUCCUCGCUCACUGGUGCUACCAGUAAGCGGAGGUAUAAACGCCGCGAGGUGGAACAAAUCCAGAAGGACGUCAGGAGGAUGCAUUCUUUGAACUUUGAUCACGUGCAGAAGAUCCUUCAUGCCAAGCGUCUACAGCGACAAGCCAAAACAGGAAAUAACGUCAUCAAACGGCGGCCUGGACGGCCCCGAAAACAACCUGUAGAGGAGUCAAAGCCGGCCAAUGUUAGGGAAGAAAACUGGGCUGAUGGUCGAGGUUUGGACACGAUGGCCAACUGGAGGAGUGACGGGAGGACUUUGGGGAUGCCCAUCCUGGAGAGGUGUGAUAACCUGUCAGCAAUCCAGAGCCUCAGGCCGAGCUUAACCCUUGAGACUCAGGAGCACUCCGGUCAUGAUUCCAUCUCAGCAGCUAUUGAGAACGUGGUGCAUCAGGCACGAUCUGUACCACCACUGGCUAAAGAGGCCAAACGCAGAAGCAGGGGUCACAGCAGGGACGAACUAUGGUCUCCCACCAGCCAAUAACACUGAACAGAAAGCAGUUAACAGAGUCAGUGCUGACUCAAGCCUAUCGGAUGCCGUUCCCUUCAGUUUGGGACUAUUGAUGCACUUUGACUGCUUUCUCCUCUCUGAUGGCAAGGAUCACCGUGGACAGAGUGGUAGUACUGGGGAGCAGGAAAAAGACCCCCCCAACCAGAACCCAACAAGACAUGGGCCUUUCAAAGAUGUAUUGGACCUUCAUUUACAAUGGCACUAUAUGGUACAAUUUGAUACCGAAUUUGAUGCUAUAAAAGUGUGUGGUACUUAUGAUAGUGUAGGAUUUUAUGUGAUUCUUUAUGUAUCUGAUACAGUGAUGUGUAUGGUACUUUAUGAUACAGUAUCUGAAUGUGGCAUUGGCCAUAUAUUUACCAGCAAGGAGAGGGGUGAAUGGUUAUAUAAACUGUGCAGCUCUGUUUAUUUUUUGCCUUUCUGAGGUUGUUUGUCAAAGACAUGUGGGAUAAUACAUCAGUAAAUAAGCCACCUGUGUUUUUCCAGUACCUUUCAAAUUCUCUUGGAAGUAACUUAUACUUCCCGGCAGCUCCUCC